AUGUACACUAGGUCUAGUUAUCCAUCUUCGGAGCGGAGCCUCAAAGUUCAAGUAUACACCCUUGGUAGCGGUAUAGGGUGGAGAGAUAAAGGAAGAGCUGAGUUCUUUAUAUCCAUAAAGGACGCCAGUGUCUGUGGAAACGGAGCCAUUCAUUGGAUGGAGAUCUCGGAACGUAAAAUUGUGGCUUUUGAUUUGGCAGAUGAGAAGUUCAUAAUGAUUCUACUGCCAUCAUCAGUUUACAGGGAUUUUAGUGAAGUUACUCUCAAGUUGUUGAGAGGGUAUUUAUCUGUUUUUGACGUAGAAGAAGGAUCAUGUGUCAACAUAUGGCCAUUGAAGAAAAAGAAGCAGUGUAAUGCUUAUUGCAUGGGAGAAGACGAAUUCGACAACUACUGGAGUUGGAAUAAAGAAUUUAGUAUACCAUGGGAUGGCUCUAAAGCUAAGUACUAUAUGUCGUCGUAUCAUCCAUUUGCGGUUACAAAGAGCAGUCAGGUGCUACUAUGGUUCAACGGAGUUCUCUCUUGUUAUGAUGCAAAAACUUCAACUUUGACAGAACUAUGGGAUGAUUCUUCGAGGAUAUAUGGGUGGAGGCAUUUCCCCACUUAA